AUGGAUGCUCCUACUACUGAAAAUCUAGAUGCAGUAAUUAAUAUUGAUGAGAAUGAAGAAUCUAUAAAAAAUAAUGAUGUCAAACUUGAAGAAAAUCCUUUUGAACAAAAGAAAAGGAAAAAGACUUCUAUGAUUUGGAAUGACUUUAAUGAAAUUAUUCUUCCUGAUAAAACAAAAAAGGUUCAAUGUAUUCACUGCCUUAAAAGACUUGCCUACAGUAAUAAUGGUGCAACACAAUACCAUAGGCACUUGAAAGGUUGUCUAAGUUGUAAACUAACUGAUAAGAAACAAAAACAGUUAGCUGUAAAUGAAGGUGGGGUGGAAAGUGAGGUGGCAAUAGCAAACUUUAAGUAUGACCAUGCCAAGGUCAAGGAAAAGGCUUCACAUAUGAUCCUUGUGCAUGAAUACCCUUUUAAUACGAUGGAGCAUGAGGUUUUUAAUGUUUUUAUGAAAAUUGCUACUCCAUAUUACCAGAAAAUUUCACGCAAUACUGCAAGGAACGAUUGCAUUUCUACUUUUGAGUUGGAGAAGAAAAAAUUGAAGACUAUGCUUGGUAGUAUAAAUAGAUUGGAAAUUACAAAAGCGAAUUAUAAUUUUUGUAAUGUACCACCUCCACAUUCCGGAGUUGUAAUUUUUGAUGCUAUCUUUAAGUCUUUUCUUGAUUGGGGGCUUGAAAACAAGGUGUGUACAAUAACCUUGGACAAUGCUAACAAUAAUGAUGCAACUCUAAGAAUUUUGAAAGAUGCUAUCAAAAGGAAGCUUAUGUUGGGUGGCAAGAUCUUUCAUGUACAAGAUGGGUUGAGUGAGAUUGAAACAGUGAUUGAAAAUAUCCGUGAAAGUGUGAAGUAUCUACUUGCAUUAGAAGCUUGUCUUAUAAAGUUUGGUGAGAUUGCAAAGCAAUUGCAAUUACCGUCCAAGAAGUUAAUCUUAGAUUGUCCCACAUGUUGGAAUGCAACAUAUGCAAUGUUUGCUACUACCUUGGAGUUUAAAGAGGUGUUCCCUAGGUACAAAGAUAGAGAUGCAGGGUAUAAUUGGCUGCCUAGUAAUGAAGAUUGGGAUAGGACAGAACAUGUUUGCAAUUUUUUAUCAGUUUUUGAAGAAGUCACAAAUGUCAUAUCAGGAAGUGAAUAUCCAACUGCAAAUAUAUUCCUUCCUGAGGUUUGGAAGAUAAAAGAAGUUUUAAAUGAGAAGUCACUUGAUGAAAAUGAUUACAUUAGUGCUAUGGCAUGUAAGAUGAAGUUAAAGUUUGACAAAUAUUGGGGUGAAUGCAACUUUGUAAUGGUCAUAGCUGUUGUGUUAGAUCCUCGGUUCAAAAUGACUUUGAUAAACUUUUCCUUUCCAAAGAUCUAUCAAGGGUUUGAAGUAGCUAGAAACAUUAAUUGUGUUCAUGAUUCCUUAUAUGAACUUUAUAAUGAAUAUGUUGCGGACUAUACUUCAAGCAAUGUUGGACAAAGUGCAUCUAAAUCCACUGAAGGUAGUAGUAGUGUUGGUGGCAAUAAUUCAAAGUUUAAAACCAGAGGUAGAAUGGAGUUUGAUCAGUUUGUUAGAAAUGCUGAUAACAUACAACCUGUGAUGUGGGAUUUCAUAGAAUGCAAGACUUGUAAGGACCCCGCCUCAACUGUGUAG